AUGUCAGCACAACCGCCAAAGUUGAUUCCUCGAAAGCCUUCAGGCGUCCGAGUCAUGCCCGUCCCAAAGCACCAGAUUCUUCGUAAUGAGCUUCCUGAAAGAACGGAUUCUGAUAGAGAGAAUGACGCGAAUGAAGAGUCAAACCCCUCAUCUUUAAAUGCAGAGAGAGAAGUGGCGAUUCUGAACCACUGUUUCGAUGACAUCGAGCGAUUCAUGGUGCGUUUGCAGCAGGCGGCUGAGGCACAAAGUAUUCUCAAUCAGAGGAAGAAAAGAAGCAGGAAGAGUUGGAAGCAAAGCCAAGAUGAUGACUUGAUGACACUGAAAGCAGUUCCUCCAUCAGAGGAGGAAUUUGUGGGCAUAUUUGAGAAGAUCAAGUACUCCUUUAGUCUGCUGGAUCGUGUCAAGUCAGUCAUAACUGAUCCGACUGCACCAGAGUUGCUGCAUCAUAUCUUUUUGCCACUUUUACUGCUGGUGAAAACCACAGGUGGGCCAACAUUAGGCGGGUCAGUCGUCAGUCCCGCGCUGACGACUGGUGCUGUUUCGCUACUUCAGGAGCAUCUCGCUGAAGACGAAAAGCAGCUCUGGAUAGAGUUAGGGCCCAACUGGACUUCUCCUUGCUCCCAACUGGGUGUGUCUGUUCCUCCUUACUCGCCCGUCUUCCUGGAUGGAUGGCAGCCACAGGCGUUUGACUCCUCUGGUUUGCCUUUGGAAGAUCCCGUUGAGUCGCAGCACAAACAAGAUGUUUACGUUCAGAGUAAACAGGCUGUCGGAGGCCACGUUGAAGAGACUGAUGAAGUAGAGGGAACUGGACUUCCACCACCAGGGGAGAGACAUUACUGCUGCACUUAUGACUUUGUUGCAAGAAACAGCAGUGAGCUCUCAGUGCUGCAAGGAGAAACAUUGGAGAUCCUGGAUUCUUCAAAACGAUGGUGGAAGUGUCGCAAUCGCUUUGACCAGAUAGGAUUUGUUCCACAUAAUAUCUUGGAGCCAAUGUCAGCUUUAAAUAACGCCUGUGUCGAAAAGCCAUCACCAAUCUCUCCUUGCACGACGUUCUUUCCGCACGCUCCACUGAGCCCAGUUGGCAUUACUCCGACUGCGACGUACCAAACCGCACAGCCUCAGAACAUGAAUUCAUCACCCGCAACGAUAAACGGAGACAAUGGCGAGCGAGUGCUGAUUAUGAAUGACGAACUUCUUCGACGAAUGGCUCAGAAAAGAGUCUCCGGCAACCGUCCUUCUUUCAUGCAGUCUCGCUCGGUGGAAGCUCCUCUUCCCUUGAACUAUCACUCGCAACCAAAUGAAGUAGAGGCCUGGCUUGAAGCAAAGGGCUUCAGUAAACAGACGGUCCAGAGUCUUGGCGUUUUAACCGGAGCACAGCUUUUUUCCCUGAACAAAGCGGAGUUCUGUGAAGUGUCACAGGAGGAAGGCGUCAGAGUUUACAGCCAAAUUAUGAUGCAGAAGGCCCUUCUCGAGGAUGUGCGUAAAGUCUCUGAAUUGGAGAAGGCAAUGGAGAGGCAAAAGCUGAGGAUCGGCAUGAUGGAGUGA